UAAAGGCACCAAGUGCAUCCCACAACGUCUUGAUGUAAAGAGCAAGAAGGCGUGUGGGGCCAUUUUCAUUUGCGUGACCAAUAUGUAAGCUAAGUGGUUCUCCUUCCACUUUAUUUUAAACCACAAAUCUGUAGAUAAUGCUUCAAACAUCCUUUUAAAACAGACGUAUUCACAGAACCAUAUUUAGACCUUCAUAUAUCUUUUUGGAAUAGUCUCAAGCAGCCCUCAUGGCCUCGACCUCGAGCGAAUCCUCGAGAAUACCCACAAAUGCUUCAAGGGUUGUGUUGAUAACUGGCGUGAGCAAAGGUUUGGGUAGAGCCCUAGCCUUGGAGUUAGCUAACCGUGGUCACACCAUAAUUGGCUGUUCACGUGACCAACCUAAACUUGAUUCCCUCCGUCAACAACUUCCUUCCAAUAGCCACUUGCUGUUCAAUGCUAACGUGAGAUCAAACGAUAGUGUUGAAGAGGUAGCAAGAGCGGUUGUCCAAAACAAACUCGUUCCUGAUAUCAUUGUGAAUAAUGCAGCUGUUGUUAAUAGAAAUAGGAACCUAUGGGAGGUCGAUGUCGAAGAAUUUGAUAAUGUUAUAGAUACCAAUGUCAAAGGAAUAGCAAACAUUUUGCGCCAUUUCAUUCCUCUUAUGAUUCCAAAAAAGCAUGGAAUAAUCAUUAACAUGUCUUCAAUGGCGGGAAGAAGGGGGCAUUCACAAAUUGCACCCUAUUCUGCAUCUAAAUGGGCAAUUGAGGGGUUAAGCAAAUCUUUAGCAAAAGAAUUGCCGGAUGGAAUGACAGUUGUAACCUUAGAUCCUGGCGCCAUAAACACAGACAUGCUCGUUUCAGUUGCUGGCAGUUUAGCUUCAAAUUAUCUACCACCUGAACGUUGGGCUAUAAAAGCAGCGACAAUGAUUCUUGAUCUGACUCCAUCAGACAAUGGAGCUUCCCUCACAGUUAAGGAUCCUACCGAGUUGUCCAACCCAUAAUUUAUUUAUUUAUUUAUUGUUCAAUCCUCUCAAUUUCUACGCCCUUGGAUGAUAAUUAAUUUGGUAAGAAUCAUGGAUACAAUGUUUUGAUAUUAGAUAAAUAAGAGGGAUGAAUUUAUAAAUGUGUAGAAUGUAAAUUUACUAUGCGUAAUAUAAAAUGCUUAAAUAUUGACGUGACG